AUGGUAGAUUAUAAAAAAUUGUUAAAGGAGUGUGAAUUUUUUCCUGCUGUCAAGAAAAAUAUAUUGAUAUAUAUUACAUUGCCACCUACGACAUGCACUGUAGAACGAUCAUUCAGUACACUAAGGACAUGGACGAGAUCUACAAUGAGUGAAGAUAGACUUUAUGGCUUAUGUAUGAUAAGUGUACAUAGGGAAAAAAUUGAUGAUAAAAAGGAUGAAUAUAUAGAACAAGUAAUAAAUAUAUUUGGUGUUAAACAAAGAAAUUUACAAUUUUUAUUUUUAUUUGUAAAUUAA